AUGACUGAAAUCAGCGGCCUAUACCGGAUUGGUGUUGAUGUUGGUGGGACCAACACAGACGCAGCUAUUAUCGACAUCGCCGCCACAGACUCCGAAUCGCGCGACGUAGCUAUCGGGACCACACAUUUCGUGAAUGCAGUUGUCGAGGCAGAUGCGCGCCGUUUGAGUAAAGUCGCUGUGGUGCGCCUUUGCGGACCUUUUACGAAGCAGGUCCCCCCUUUCUCGGAUUUUCCGCCUGAGCUGAAGGAUAUUAUGGCUGGGCCAGUGAUCUAUCUGGAUGGAGGACUCGAGAUUGACGGACGUGAAAUCACUCCGUUGUGCCCUAUUCAGGUGCAAAAAGCUGUAGAGAGCAUCCAAGAAGCAGGAAUCAACCUGGUCGCAGUUGUGGGCGUCUUCUCUCCGCUAGAUCACCAGGGCCUGCACGAAGAGACAUGUAGACGCCUGAUGUUGGAACAAGAUCCGACCUUAUCGGUGGUGUGCUCACACAUGGUUGGAGGCGUUGGACUAUUAGAGCGUGAGAACGCGACGAUUCUUAAUGCCUCCAUUCUCAACCUCGCACGACAUGCCGCUACUGCAGCAGAACUGCCUAUCAAGACAUUUGCUUCAGGCCCGACGAACAGCAUGACCGGUGCUGCAUUCCUAGCAUUCCUGGAUCGCGGUGCAAAAGGUACAGCCUCGGAAACCCAGGUACUUGUUAUGGAUGUGGGAGGGACUACGAGUGACAUCUGCGCUUUGCUUCCAUCUGGAUUUCCCCGACAAGCCCCGAAUUUUGUUGAGGUCGGGGGUGUGCGAACGGCGUUCUCAAUGCCCGAAGUUUUGUCUGUUGGGCUGGGUGGAGGUAGUCGGGUGAUUCAAGAUACGGGUUCUGAUCGAGUACAUGUUGGGCCUGAAUCGGUUGGACACUAUUUGACUAGUGAAGCACUUGUGUUCGGUGGUAAUGUGAUGACGACUACGGAUAUUGUCGUUGCCUCUGGCAAGGCGGAAAUCGGAGAUAUCAAGCGAGCCCAAGCCAUUCCUGAAAGUGUGGUCACCAAAACACGUUUGCGAAUCAAACGAAUCCUAGAGCAGGCAGUGGAAAGUAUGAAGGUUUCUGAUGCACCGGUCACUCUGCUCCUAGUCGGUGGUGGAUCUAUUGUGCGCAUGGAUGACUUGCAAGGUGUUGCAGAAUGCAUCAUCCCACCUCAUCAUGACUCUGCAAACGCAGUCGGCGCAGCAAUCGCCAAGGUCGUUGGCGAGAUUGACAGCAUUGAGGUCUUAGAAGGCCGCGACGAGAAUACAGUCCUCGAGGAGGCGAAGACCAAAGCGAUUGAGAAUGCCGUCGCUCGUGGUGCAGACAGAGCAGACAUCAAGAUCGUGGCUAUCGAUAAAAUCCCACUGCAAUAUGUGACGAAUAAGGCUACUCGACUGGUUAUCAAGGCUGUUGGCCGAUUGGCUCUCCAAAGCCCAGGCACAACGCAAAUGAAUGGAGCUCAUACAAAUGAUAUGUCGACUUGUGCUGUGAUUGAAGAGUCUGAACCCGAAGCUCGAAGAAAUUACCACCAGAAACCGGAAACCAGAAAUUUUCAAUCUCUGGUGAAAUACUCGGCAUUUCUUGACAUCGACGCCUACGCCCCCGACGUGCGUAAUGGAAUAUGGUACAUUUCCCCCGUCGACCUCGAAUUCAUCGCAACAGGCACCGGUGUCCUGGGCACUGGAGGCGGAGGGCCCUCAUACCUUCAAUACCUGCAAUGCCUCGAGAGUCUUCGCCAACCCAACGCUAAAGGCAAGAUGCGGGUUGUCGACCCAAGAAGUCUCAAUGAUUCCGAUGUCAUCGUCUUCGGGUCAUGGUACGGAGCACCCAGUGUCUCUGGGGAGAGAAUUCCCGCCGGAAGAGAGAUCAUGACUGCAAUUGAUCAAGCGGUCAAAAUGUCUGGAUAUACCCAUUUUGAGGGCGUAAUGGCGGAUAAGAUUGGGGGUGGAAAUGGAAUGUCUACCUUCCCGACCAGCGUCUAUUAUGAUAUCCCCGUUGUUGAUGGGGAUUUAAUGGGGAGGGCAUAUCCCACCAUGGAACAUGGUGAGUUCGCAUUCCUUGAUGAUACCAAGUUGAGCCUGUCUGAUGGUUUUUGUGUUAAAGGUACGGCUUACGUAUACGGUGAACCAAUUACGCCUUGUGCUUUGGCGGAUGGAAAGGGGAACACAUCUGUUAUUCUGAAGGCAGAGUCCAACCGCCGAGUCGAAACAAUGUUGCGCUCACAGUGCGUCGACCUCGGUCUGAAUAUCGCAGUGGCAUGCACCCCAUUGCCUGGCAAAUCGAUCAAACGCUACGCGGUUCCCAAGACCGUGUCUCAAUCAUGGUACAUCGGACGUGCAGUCCACAAAGCCCGAUGCUCAAAGACCAACAUCAUCGAUGCGAUUUUCGAAACAUCCCCCGGUCGUCUCCUAUACACCGGUAAAAUCGUCGACGUCAAGCGCCACGUAAGCCGCGGCUACACAAUGGGCCAAUGCACAAUCGCCCCUCUGACUAGCGAGGAAAAAGAUCCAAAGUCUUCUCGCUCUGAAAGUCCAAGCUCAGAUGAAACCCGCUACCUAAUCAUCCCCUUCCAAAACGAGUUCCUCUACGCCGCAUACGCGGACGUCUUGAACCCCGACGACACCUCGCGGCAUGAAGUUAUCUGCACAGUUCCAGACCUGAUUUCAGUUCUAGGGCAAGACGGCGAGGCAAUUGGAUCACAAGAGUUACGGUACGGAUUACGAGUUAACAUCAUCGGAAUGGCAGCGCAUCCUCUUUGGACGGGAGAUAAACGGGGACUUAAAGUCGGCGGACCCGAGGGCUUUGGACUCGAUAUGGAGUGGAAGAGUCUUGGACCGUACCAGGAGCCGAGAAGUGUUGUGCAGGAGUUUAAUGUAGCUUCCUAG